GAAAAGCACAUGACGGAGCAGGUGACAGCUGAGAGGAGAAAGAAGAAUAUGGACCGUUCUUUAAUAACACUUAUAGUGUUAGCUGUAAUUUGUCAAUGUGUAACAUCAGCAUCCUAUGAAUAUGGCUGUGUCUACUGCAAAGGCAAGAGCUGCCAAUACAAAAGCUCUGUGAUGGCCGGUGAUUGUACAGCUCUCGGCUCAUACAAUGAUACUCUCUUGGAGACUGGCUGGGGAGUACUGGAUAUCUCCGCUGGCUAUGGCAAGGUUAAGUUUACCGACCAGGAACUUAUGUAUGGCACUGGUUUCAUGGAAGGAACAAUGACAUAUAAGAGGAUAUACGAACAUUAUCAGAACGCAAAAGAUUUUUUCUUAAGUUCAAAGUCAGAAGAGUACAUAAGUAAACUGCAAGCAUUCCUGUCAAUCCAAGAUGUGUGGCUGAGACAGAUGGUGGAGAACAAUCUAGCUGAUCCCGUUUGGCGGCAUGUUGGUCUUGUCAUAGACCAGUAUGAUGGCCUGAUAGAUGGGUACAAGUCUGUAGCACCUGACAAUAUGAAACUUGAUGUGUUCGCCUUUCAAGUGUUAAAUGGUGCUGGUGAUCUGAUUGACCUUCAACAUGCUCUUGACCCUGAAAGCAUUCCAAACUGGAAAAAGAUGUCUAAAGAGGAAGCCAAACUUUACGUUCAAAGACAUGGUUUCUGUUCAGCUCUUGUCAAGGUGACUGGAGCCUAUGAGAAUGUGUUCAUGUCCCAUUCAAGCUGGUUUAUGUACCAGUUCACCAUGAGAAUCUUCAAACACUGGAACAUCAAUGUACAAGACAGUGCUACUGCUGCCAAACAGAUAUCCUUCUCCAGCUACCCAGGCUUCCUCGAGUCCCUGGAUGACUUUUAUUUGCUGGGAAGUAACAUGGUACUACUACAGACUACUAACAAUGUGUUUAACGCCUCUCUGUACAAGAUGGUGCAUCCAAGAACUCUGUUGGCAUGGCAACGUGUCAGAGUAGCAAGUAUGAUGGCUCACACUGGCAAGGAAUGGGCCGAGAUCUUUGCCAAAUACAAUUCGGGGACCUAUAACAACCAGUAUAUGUUGGUGGACUUGAAGCAGAUAGAACUGGGAAAGGCCAUCAAUGACGAUGCUCUGUGGGUCGUAGAACAAAUACCAACUCGAGUGACGGCUGGAGACCAAACACCCAUCCUUAGAACAGGAUAUUGGCCAUCGUACAAUGUUCCAUUUUACGAAGACAUCUACAAUAUGAGCGGCUACCCUGAAUUUGUGGCUCAACAUGGAACGGACAACUCCUAUCAACUAGCUCCUAGGGCGAAAAUAUUCCGUAGAGACCAAGCCAAAGUGGUGGAUCUCGAGAGUAUGAAACACAUCAUGCGUUACAACGAUUACCAACAUGAUCCCUACUCAGAGGGAGAUGCAUGCAACGCGAUAUGUUGCCGUGGAGACCUUAAAAAUUCUGGGUCUUCUGCAUCUGGUUGCUAUGAUACAAAGGUAUCAGACUUUCACAUGGCACAGAACUUUGUAGCAGACAUAAUUAAUGGUCCUACUCGAGGAACAGGAUUACCUCCCUUCCAAUGGACAGAACAGUUCAAGGACUCCCAUGUUGGGCUUCCGCUGGUGUACAGCUUUGAAUUCCUCCGUACCUCCCCUCGUUGGAAUGUAACCUUUGGUUGACCUCCAAAAUAUCCUUAUUGGAUUCAUACUUUGAUCCUCAAGUUGCCUUUUCCUUAAGGGUGUAUGCUUCUGUACUGUAUCUUUCAUAUCCUUUUGAAAAAGUUGCAUAACCAAGUAAUGAAUUUGAUUCAUAAAAGUACACUUUAAAAACUGCAAAAUGAUUAAAAAUAAGUGAAAAAAAACCAACAAAAAACAAAGGGAGAGAAUUCCAGAUAUAAAGAUGAAUAGCAUACAUCCUUAAGUGUAAAGCCAAUAUACAAUGAAUAAAUACUUUGAUUCUUUUUUAGCAUUUUUUGUGGUUUUGAUCAUCAUGAAAAUAGAUCACCCGAUUUCAUACAGAUAUACAUACAGUAUACAUGUAUCCUCAUAGAAAACUGUAUUAAUAUUUGAUACUGUAUUUUGAUAAAAAAAAUGGUAAUCUCACAUUUCUUUCCAGAACAUUUUAAGAGUGUACUUCAAAAUCUACAGAGUUUUGUGGUAUAAUUCUAUUAGAUUGACAAUUAUUUGAUGAAUUUUUUGUUAUUUUUUUGUUAUUUUUUUUUAUGUUUAAAAGCGUGCCUUUACUGAUGUUAGACUAUUCAACAGCAAUUCUUGAGAACUAAAAAAAAAAGACAUUAUGACUGUGAUCAGUCUCAUUCCAUUAAGAAUUGUUGAUAGGUAGGGCAAUGGUGUAUCCCUGUUAAAUGAAAUGUGUAUUCUUUGACCUCUGAAAUGAAAUAUGAUAGAUUAUCAUUUUACAUCUACAUAAGCAUAUGUGUUACAUCUACAUUACAAUGUGUUACAUAUAAAUUGCCAUAUAUGUGUAUUAGUCAAAUCAUUCCGUUCAUGAUUCAAUAACUUUUUUCAGGAGAAUUAUAUAAGUAGGAGCUCCACUUUUUGGUUCAAAACUUGAUGCCAUCAUAUCAUAAAUUUUGUCUCGUAUAAUGUUCUGGAAAACAAACAAUAGCUCAAUAAUGAAGUUUUAAAAACAAUGUAAAAUCUAAUAUUUACUUUUGUUAACUCUACGCCUUAUUGUUUUCCCACAAUUUUAUUAGGAGACAAUGAUAAUAAACAAAAAUAUGUUUUACUCCGGUCAAGUCUUGUUUCAGUUUCAUCAUUCUGAUUACUUCAUUUCCAAACAGAUUUUGAUAAAACUACAUAGACAUAUUAACUAAGGGAGAAUGUCUCAGAUUGGUUCAUGUUUCACUCAGAGGACCAAGGACACAGCCAAGGUCACCAAUUUUUAUUUAUACAGAAGAUAUUUCAAAUGAGUUUCUUUUUUAAGGUUCAAAGGUCAAGGCCACUUUUUAAGGUCAUUUUUGUCAUUCAUGAAAACUUAUUUACAACACUUCAAGGUUUCACAUCUGUGGAUAAUUGUUACUAUGGUUACCUUGAAUGCUGUAUUAUUUCAGUUACUGGAUGUCAAGGUCAGCAUUUCUAUUUAUAGAUUUGAACUUAUCAAGAAUUCCUAAAGUCAAUUAUCAUUACAGACGGCAAGUAGUUAAUUCACAUGAUACUCACAAAUGAAAAUUUUUGGCUAGGCAGUGAAAAAUUAAAGUUGCUUACAUUAAAUUGCUUUGUCCAUAUAACGCAUAACAAUUUUAAUAUGCUUGCUACACAUCACCGACAUUGUGUACACUUCCUGAGACAAAAAUGAAUAAAACAUCACCCAUGGUUUGUAAUCUGAACACCAAGAAAUGAAAAAAAUCAAAAUAGUAUUAUAAAAUUUUUCUCUUUUUAGACCACAAGUUUCAUCAGGAGUAUGAAUGAUAGAGUUUCUUCUGGAUAUCAUUGAUUAUUUGUUCAUUUUAAAUUCAAAAGAUGAAAAGCGAUGCUCAACCUUUUGAUUGGUGGUAAAAGUGUUCAUAUUUUGUCACUUUAUAAAAUAUGUACAACUUUUAAACAAUCAGUCAUAAAUACAAUUUGAGAUGUAGAACUUUUAAUAUAACAUUCAAACUCUGAAUGGUUGAAAACAUUUUUGGUUGUACUGCUUGAUAUUCACCACAGAAAUGUAAAUUUAUAUAAAACGUAAUGAUGAUGUCAUAUUAAAGCCAUAUCUGUGAUUGUAAGGAAAACAUCCUACUGAAUGUUUUUACCGUAUGUAUGAUUCAAUUUAUAUAUUUUUCAGAUUGGUAUAAUAAAAUUUUGCGAUUCUUUAAAAAA